AUGGGAGGAAAGAAGCUGGAGUCGAGUAUAACUGCACGUGAUAACAUCAUGGACUUCUUGAUUCGUAUGGAUAAGUAUCUGCAAAAUACAGAAGCACCAAGUGAGCUGCACCUGAAGCUUCGAUUGGAGAAAUUGGAGGCAAAGUGGAAUGAAUUCGAGAAAAUACAAUCAGAGAUCGAGGGCACAGAGGAGUAUGAAGAGAACAUCGAUCAACACCGGCAAGUGAGGGGAGAUUUCGAAGAAAAGUAUUUUGAGGUAAGGGCAGGGUUGGAAGGAAAAUUACCACGGGAAAUACAGCAAACCGCAAACCAAAAUGUUCCUGCGGCUGCCACUGGUGGUGAACACAACAAUGUUCAUACGGUUGCUUGGGACAGUUUGGUAGCACGGUUUUCAAACAAAUAUUUGCUGAUGAAGCGCCAUCUGAAUGCUUUGUUUGAGUAUCCCAAAAUGCGGAAGGAGUCAGCAAGCAGUAUUCAUGAACUCAUCGACUGUUUUGAACGAAAUACUAAAAUUUUGGACCAAUUGGGAGAACGGACAAGCGGCUGGGGAGCAAUACUGACACAUCUGAUGGUUUCCAAGCUUGAUGACAUCAGCCAAAAGCGAUGGGAGGAGCAUGCUUCGAGCGUCGAGGAACCGCGCUUUCCUGUUCUUAUAGAAUUCCUUAAGAAACAAACUCGGGUGUUGGAUGCAGUUUCAGUAGAUCAACGAUUGUCAACUUCAAGUACAGACAUGGCCUUGCGAACUGCAACUCCUUCAACUUCUAGCGGGGCGCCGAACUCUGGUAAUUCUGGUUCUAGUUCGGUUCCAACUGUUUCUUCAAACUUAGCGAUGGGAGCUCACAGUUCGCAUGUUUUUCUCUCGACGGUCCUGUUGAAGGUGGAGAUUAGCGGUAUAGGACGUUCUAGGAAACAAAUUGCCUAUGAAGUGUCCACGGUUAUCAGCUCUCGUGUCAAAGAUUUCUCACAGCCAAUGGAUUUUUUGGUUAUGGUUCAGGUCACCGACGAUCAACCUUCUUCAUCUCUGCCGCUGGCCAACUGGAAACCUCCUCUGGAAAUGGAAAUGGCAGAUCCAGAUUUUUUCCUAUCUGGACCAAUCGAUAUUGUUCUAGGAUCGCAAUUCUUCUACGACUUCCACCUUCUUGAUGGUGGCCGGCUACAGAUACGGAAAUUCGACGGCACACUUCCAGUGUUCGUCAACACGGUAUUUGGAUGGGUGGCCGCAGGUGAAUCAGGUUGCAACGGGACAGAUUCGAAGGUCAGCUGCCACCUAGCAAUAACGGACUCGUUAGACAAAAGUAUCGAAAGAUUCUGGAAUAUAGAGGAGUUAACUGAGCAAAAACCAAUGUCACAAGAAGAAGAAGACUGCGAAAAUUAUUUUCAACAAACUGUAGAACGGGAUGGAACUGGAAGAUACAUUGUUCGGUAUCCGAAACGUUUGGGAUUCGAUGCGAUGAUCGGCGAAUCAAGGAGCAUAGCAAUGCGACGGUUUCAACAAUUAGAGCGACGUUUGGGACGAGACGUUGACAUUCGGAAACGCUACAACGAGUUCAUGCUAGAGUACAUCCGUUUGGGGCACAUGAGGCUUGUUGGUACCGUUGAAAACCUAAAUGAUCAUGAUCGUACAGUUUUCUAUCUUCCACAUCACCCGGUGUUCAAAGAAGCCAGUACUACUACGAAGUUGCGCGUAGUUUUCGAUGGUUCAGCAAAGACUACCACAAAUCAUUCGCUCAACGACGCACUGCUCACAGGACCGGUCAUACAAGAUGACCUUCUGGACUUGAUGCUGCGUUUUCGGAAACAUCCAAUAGCCCUGGUAGCGGAUGUGGAAAAAAUGUACCGACAGAUCCGUAUUCAUCCAGAGGACACUUGUCUCCAACGAGUCUUUUGGCGUUUCGAUCUUUCUGAUCCAAUUGAAGUCUAUGAACUGCAAACAGUAACUUAUGGUCUGUCACCCUCGUCGUUCCUGGCAACUCGAGUGAUUCAGAAACUUGCCGAAGACAUCGGAUAUCGAUACGAACAUGCUGCUUCAAAGAUAUCAAAAGAUUUUUAUAUGGACGAUUUCAUUUCGGGAGCGGAUUCAAUCGAGCAAGCACGGGUGCUCCGGCAAGAAGCACAAGCAUUGAUGGCAGAAGGCGGGCUACAUUUACGCAAGUGGAGUUCAAACAAACUAGAAGUUCUAGACGAUCCAACUAAAGAGUUAGGUAAAGGUCCACCAACGAUGCGUUUCGAACCGGAAAAGAUCAAAACACUUGGAGUUGCUUGGGAGAUGGAACCAGACCAGUUCGGAGUGGAGGUAUUGACACUGAAUAUUGAUGAGCAAUGGACGAAACGAAAAGUAUUCUCGGCAAUCGCACAGCUAUACGACCCUCUUGGUCUCGUCUCACCAGUAGUCGCCUGGGCGAAAAUAAGGAUGCAGCAUCUUUGGUUGAUUGCAGCUGACUGGGACGAUGUAGUUCCAGGAGAUAUUUGCGUCAAAUGGCAGGAAUUUUAUCAGCAGUUACCUUUGCUACGAUCGUUCAAGGUCCCCCGGUACUUGUUCACACCCGAUGCAACAGAUGUGCAGUUUCACAUUUUCAGUGACGCUUCAGAGUUAGCAUACGGUGCAUGUAUGUACGCUCGAUCUACCAGCAAGGAUGGAACAAUCAAAACUGAGCUCAUCUCGGCGAAAUCUCGGGUAGCGCCUCUCAAGCGCGUGUGUUUGCCACGUUUGGAGCUCUGUGCUGCACUUCUGGGAGCAAAACUCUAUGCUCGGAUAUCAGCAGCGCUGGGAAUGGAGGAAGUUCCUUGUUGGUUUUGGUCUGAUUCAACAGUAGCAUUAUAUUGGAUACGAGCACCAUCAAGUUCAUGGCAAACAUUCAUCGGAAAUCGCACAUCCGAAAUUCAACGACUCACGCAUGGUCACACUUGGAAGCAUGUCAAAGGAGUAGAUAAUCCAGCCGACUACAUUUCUCGUGGUAUGCUGCCCAGAAAUUUCCUCGAGAACUCUGUGUGGCGUAUUGGUCCAGUUUGGUUACGUCAAGUAGAGGAAAAUUGGCCAAAGCAAUCGAUAAUGGAACCAAUAUCGGACGACUUGUUAGAGCGACGGAAGACUGUGCUGUUAACAAAUCAGGUUUCUCCAGACAUUUGGUUAAUCGAGCGAUACUCCUCAUUCUGGAAGCUGGUUCGAAUUACUGCGUUUGUUUUGCGCUUCAUCUCCCGAUGUCGUAAAAGAACCUUGCAUCAAAAUCCGUUCCUCGCAGUUUCGGAAUUGCAAUCUGCAAAAGAAACAUUAGUCAAAUCCGUUCAACAUCAAAACUUCUCUGAAGAAAUGAAGGCCGUGAGGAAGAAGGUAUCCAUACCGUCGAAGUCCCCGUUAAGGAAGCUGCAGCUGGGCAUUGACCAGAGAGGCAUGCGUCGUCUUGGUGGCCGGCUCCAGCUGUCCGAAACAGAUUAUCAAACUAAGCACCCUAUGAUUCUCCCAAGAAAGCAUCCUCUGACUAGGUUAAUCGCGCAACAUUUCCACACCAUCUCUCUUCAUGCUGGUCCACGAAUGACUUUGGCCACAAUGCGGCAGGAAUUCUGGCCUCUACGCGGCAAAAGAACUGGCGAACUUAGUUUGUCGGAAAUGCCAUAA